UGUUAAAUUUAACCAAUGAAAAUCGAGUACGCAUCUUCAACAAGAAGCUGCUGUGAGCCUACUUUCAGCUGCAAAUCGAAUAUCUGUCGCGCUGUUCAUUUGCUCGCUAUUUUCAUUAUGCCACCAGCACCAGCAACCGCUUCGAAAGGAGCCAAGAAAGCUUCUAAGGCUAAAGCCUCUCGUCCUGCUGGUGAUAAGAAGCGCAAGAAGAGAAGGAAGGAAAGCUACUCAAUCUACAUCUACAAAGUGAUGAAGCAAGUCCAUCCGGAUACUGGUAUCUCCAGCAAAGCUAUGUCCAUUAUGAACAGUUUCGUCAACGAUCUGUUCGAAAGAAUAGCUUCUGAAGCUAGCCGUUUGGCUCACUACAACAAACGAUCAACCAUUAGUAGCCGUGAGGUACAAACUGCUGUCCGUCUACUACUCCCUGGCGAGUUGGCCAAGCAUGCGGUGUCUGAGGGUACCAAGGCUGUCACGAAAUACACCAGCAGCAAGUAAAUCAACAACGGACUCUGUCCAUCGAAGAAUAACCGGUCCUUUUCAGGACCAUCCAUUUUCUACUGAUAGUAAUUUCAAUCUAUUGAUAUGCGCUUUAGAUUAAAAAAAAAAAUAUGCUCACACCCAUCAUAACAUUUAAGGCGAAUUUGGAUUUUAUUGUCUCCUCGUUGUGGAUGCUUCACUCUUCGUUUGCUAGACUAACGUUUCUCCUCCCCAUAAACAUUCAAGUCCUGCUGAGAUGGACUCCGUAUGUUUUAAGAUCAAAAACGAAAAAAAAACAUUUGGAUAAUGGUGUGAUGCAGAAUCGUCGCUCAGUUCCCCUCCUUCAACCUCACUUACAGACAUUUUACGUAUUGUAUAUAAUUUAUCCCGACCUUUGUUGAUGAGCAAAACGGAUAAUUUUAAUUCUACAAAUGCAUGUCUACAUGGCGGUGUCUCACCAAAUUUCCGAUAUAAUUGUAAUCUGCAUCUGAACAGUUUGUAUUAAAAUCUCAUUAAAAAAUACUCUUUUCUGGGGCACCAAAUGUUGGAUGCUAAAACGGAGAAAUUCUGAUUCCCAAA